AUGGCCGCUGUGACGGACGGCACUGGGCAGGUUGCUCUCGACACACUGGUGGAGGUUGUUAGUGACAUCGGUGGUAAACAAAAUGGUUCAUCAGCUUCAUAUACGUAUCCUGAAGAACAACCAACCACAUCCGCAAUGACGACGAUGAAAACCCGAGGAGCUGCUGCUCCUAACGCGAACUUCACUGUAUUCAGUCACGUUAAAUAUGAACAUCUUGUUGCUGGCAUCUCUGGUGGUGUUGCUUCGACCCUGAUUUUGCAUCCAUUGGAUCUAAUCAAAAUACGAUUUGCUGUUAAUGAUGGGCAGACUACCACAACUCCCCAAUACAAAGGUUUACGGAGCGCAAUGUAUACCAUCUUUCGUCAAGAAGGAGCACGUGGAUUAUAUCGUGGAGUGACCCCAAAUGUUUGGGGAUCUGGCAGUGCCUGGGGAUUUUAUUUUCUGUUCUACAACACCAUAAAAACAUGGAUUCAAGGAGGAAAUACAAAGAAACCACUAGGGCCCACAAUGCACAUGAUUGCUGCAGCUGAAGCAGGAAUUCUUACAUUAGUAAUGACAAACCCUAUCUGGGUUGUUAAAACAAGAUUGUGUUUACAAUACAGUGAUAUAGAAGCAGCCAAAUUACCAGAUAAUAAACGUUAUGCUGGAAUGCUUGAUGCCCUUACAAAAAUAUAUCGCACAGAAGGCAUUCGUGGAUUGUAUCGGGGAUUUGUUCCUGGAAUAUUUGGUGUUUCACAUGGUGCUCUACAGUUCAUGACAUAUGAAGAAAUGAAAAAUAGUUACAACCAAUAUAGAAGAUAUCCAAUAGACACAAAACUGGGGACAGCUGAGUACCUUACUUUUGCCGCUCUUUCAAAAUUGCUUGCUGCUGCUGCUACAUAUCCAUACCAAGUAGUGCGUGCUAGAUUGCAGGACCAGCACCACGACUACAAGGGAUCUCUUGACUGUGUCCUCCGCACAUGGAGGUAUGAGGGUGUGCGUGGGUUUUACAAGGGGUUGAGCCCUAAUUUGACACGCGUCACACCUGCAACCAUGAUCACAUUCCUCAUGUAUGAGAAUGUGUCACAUUUCUUAUUGUCUCUCCGGAAGGAGCCUGGGGUAAUGUGACUGACUGAACAUAUCAAGGAAUGACCCAGAAGACUACCCUUGACCAGUUUCCUCCCAUCCAGUAAAAGAAAUUGGAGCACAACUCUGGAAUAAGUAUAACUUCUUUAUCUCAACGGGCUCUUUUUAAUUUACUACUCAGAGUAAUAUUUGAUGGCAUAGAAGUUGGUAUCAGUGUCCUAAUUAGCAUUGUUAUAGUUUGUACAUGUUUUUCUUUGUUGAUAAUUUCUUCUGAAUCAUAUACCUGUGAUAUAUUGUAAGUAUUCAUUUCUAUUUUGCCAGAAGCAGAAAAUUGUUGCUUCGUGAUAUUGUAUGUAUAAAUACAUAGAACUUGUCUGUUUCUGUUGAAUUUUGCUCUGUAUGUAGAACAUUAAUUUGAUUUGCUGUAAAAUGGCAGCUUAUUGUUGAAAUGUGAAUCUGUGGUAACAAAAGCAUCACAAUACAUCAUGAGAUUUUAGUGAUUGAUGCAGCCAUUCCCCAUUUUGCUUUAUUAAUUACACAUAAACAUGCAAAUAUCUGUUCAUUGGUAUCACAAAUAUUUGCCAUUUCCAAUGUAUUCCUUAUGUAAAUGAUUUGGAGUCAAUAAAGACAUUGCCUCUAUGUA